CUUAGGAAGUAUAGAGCUCAGGAAUAUAAACAUAACAUUCCAGUUGUUGGGUUUGACCAUGCCUCCUUCCGUUUGGGAGACGAACAAUCGGUGCUCCAUCUCGCCAUUGAAGAAAGGGCCAUGAGAAUGAUGAUAACAAAUGCUACUGGAAACAAACCAAAACCUGACAUAUACUCCAACGCACGGGAAACUGUUGAAAAAGAACUGUCAACUCUUAAGGACACGUACUGUCCCAGUAUGCAGUUAGGCUUUUGCAUUCGGUUAAAUGACAAAGGAAAAGAUAUUCCAAUAAAAGCAGAAGACGUCCAAGAAAACGAUGAGAUAUGUAGAUCUGUAGAGGGCACUGAAAUGCCAAUCGAUGUGACACCGUAUCGUGUUUGGUUUUCAGAUAGUGCACAGGCAGUACAAACAAGUGAUCCAGGUGCGAAUGCCCCAGAUGCGUCAUCUAUUUAUACACAGAGGUUUGCAAGGGUGAGUUAUCUCGUUAUUGAACUUGGAACGAAAGUCAUUAGAACUUUCUUCCUCAAGGAUGUUGUUAGGCCUAGCAUCACUAAUGGUGAGCACAUCAGUGAUAAAGAUGCAGUGCUUCAGUUUUUUGGUAAGCAUGAUGUGAAAAUUGAACUUAAGAAACUCAAGAAAACAAAAGUCAUAUAUGCUUCUCAGUGGACUCUGUUGUACCCUGCCUCUGGUCAUACAGAUGUGGAAACGUUUGACAUUACAUUGCUGGUGUUAUUGAUAAGAAAACUUCACCCAGACAAAGCCAACCUGAAAUGGUCAGCCCCCCAAAAAAAUGCCACUUUACCUUCCUCUCCACAAACAACACAAGGUUUCAUUGACCACAUCCAACGGCUUAAAAAUGUCAGGAACUAUAUACAGCAUUCCGCCAAGUAUGAGAUCCAAGACAUGGAGAAAUUCUACACGAAUUGGGAAAUUGCCUGUGCUUCUGUUCUAGCACUUGGUGCAGAUCCAAAUGAAGUGGAAAAGGCACAGAAAUCCAUCUUUAGCAUACAGGAGAUAGAUACAAUAGUGUGUGAAAUACGCAGCUCGGCCGAAGAUAACAAACGGCAUUUCAACAACAGAUUUGACAGGCUUGAAUUAUUAAUAUUCUCUGUAUGUGCCAUCCUCAUUGUGUUAGCCAUAAAUGACAAGAAGUGGAUUUAGGUGGGGAAGGGGUCAGGGGGAUCCUGGUUUCUGAAAAAAAUCACACUAGUAUUCCCCUUUUGAAAUUAGAAUUUUGACUAGCUGAAUUAUAGUUCU